UGACAGAUCAAGACUCUGUCUCAAAAAAGAAGAAAAGAAAAGAAAAGUAAGAAAGGGAAUUAGAAUGAGAGAGAGAUAUUUGGGAAUUGACAAGUAUAGUUGGUUAAACCAUUAAAAUGGUAGCGAUCAACUAAAGAACAAGUAUGUGUAGACAGAGGCCCAAAGACUAAGCCCUGGGAUAGGCCUGUGUUUAAGGAUAAAAAAAGGAGGAAAAUCCAGCAUGAGAGAUGGAGGAAGAGCAGUCAGUGAGCUAGAAGGAAAACCAAGAGUUCCUGAAGCCAAAUGGGGAACGUGAGCACACCAUAUUCUUCAGAGAAGUUGAGUAAGAUGAGGAUGAGGAACUCAUCACUGGCUUUGGCACAUAGAGGUCACUGGUCCACGGUUUCAUUGAAGUGUUGGGAUGACAGCCUGUUUGGAAUGGGCUCAAAAGAGAACAGGAAGAGGAGUGGAGACAAGGAGUCCAGACAACUCUUCAGAGGAGUUUAGCUGAAAAGGGACACAAAGAAAUGGGACAGUAUCUGGACACGGUGUAUGGUCAAGAGAGGGAGCUCUUGCAGCCAGCAAGUGUUCUGAAGUGCCCUGUGGUGGGACACUUAAGUUACUAUUAGCACAAUUAUUUUGCUGUUAUAAAUAGUGCUGCUGAAUGAAGGCCACAUCAGGAUCUUGUUUUUAAAAAGAAAUGUCCUUGUUCUGGGUAUGUGUUUUGUCAACAUGACAUCCUGCUCAUCAUGAACUGGUUCCACAUUUCUAUUUUGUUCAAGAUGGAAGGCUUUGAUACUGUGCACUCAGGUUUUCUCUGGUCAACACUUCCAGAUCCUCUGCAUUUCAGAGCCCACAGAGAACCCCUGAGGCCACUGGGCUCAGUUCUGUCCGUGACCAACUUUCUGGGUCCUAGCCCCAUGUGUCCCUCCCCUGCAGUAGACUGUAGCCACACAAAAAGUUCGAGAAGGGCAGGGGCUGUGGGCCAUCAACUCCUUUAUUCCCCAGAACACCUGCCCACCCCUCGGGUCCUGGGGAGAGGAAGGGACCCUGUGAGUACUUAAUGAUUGCCCCAGGAAGCAAGGCCUUCCUGAGCCAGGGGGCUCUCUGGGACCAUUUCUUACACAGCAGGACAGCUGUGGGCCAACCAGGCCUGCCCUGAGGACUGGGCCAGAGCCCUUGAGGGGACCGCAGGGAAAGGCCCAAAGGACCAAGUGCUCAGCAAAGACCAAGGCAGCCUGGACUGAGCUAGACACCCAGGCUCCAGGUUCCUUCCUCUGAAACAUCUGCAGGUUUCUGGGAGGCGAAGGGGUCUCAGCUGCCAUGGCUGACCUCUGUGGGACCUCUUCUUCAGCUCCAGAUGGUCUCCACAGGGUUCAUAUACACAGGCUCCCUACACGCACGCAUGCACGUGCAUACACACACACACACACACACACCCCAGAGUAAAUUUACUGAUAUACACCAAUAUGAACACAGACACACAAUGACUUACCUAUACACACAUAUUAAUAGAUGCCCAGACUGCUCUGAACACACACCUUCAGACAUCCACACAGACUCGCACUCCACCCGCAUACACACACUGACACAGCACAUUCACAUACAAAGAUACACACUGACAUGUACUACACAGAGACACGCUGAAACACAUCCAUAUACACACCACACACACUGAGCGGUACAGUGAUACACACAGGCACAGAUGCACAGACAUACGCUGAUGUGAUUGUACAACUGUGGUCACACUGAUGCAUACAUGCAAUCAUCUGCGCAGACUCAUACAAACGGACACAAAUACCUGAAAUACAGAGCCACAGACAGACACACGUGGAAGCACGGAAUGCACAGAACACUCACACAGUACAUACCAUGCCGCACACACCGGGACCCACACAGUCUAACAAGCCCCAAGGGUCUCCAGGGCUCCCCUGGGGCUACUGCCCACCCCUCCCACCAUCCCCGCCAGGGUAAGAUGGUGUCCCCCAGGGAACAGAAGUCUCCAGUCCCAUCUUAAGCUCUGCUGGAUCCCUCGUGACAUCAACCAGCCCCCUCGCGGCUGCCGGGAGCUGUGAGCUCUGUGCUGGGGCCAGGCCGGCACCGGGCACAGACACUUAGGCCCUUGUUGGGAGAACAGAGAGAGGCUCUCUUGUCCACUGCCUGUCUUCGGUUCCAACCGCUGGUUCUCCUAGAGGCCUCUCCUCAGACUCGCAGAGCGGCCUGAUCAUUGCUACAGAAUGAACUCUAGCCCAGCUGGGACCACCAGUCCACAGCCCUCCAAGGCCAAUGGGAACAUCAACCUGGGGCCUUCAGCCAACCCAAAUGCCCGGCCCACGGACUUCGACUUCCUCAAAGUCAUCGGCAAAGGGAACUACGGGAAGGUCCUGCUGGCCAAGCGCAAGUCUGAUGGAACGUUCUAUGCAGUGAAGGUGCUGCAGAAAAAGUCCAUCUUAAAGAAGAAAGAGCAGAGUCACAUCAUGGCAGAGCGCAGUGUACUUCUGAAGAAUGUGCGGCACCCCUUCCUCGUGGGCCUGCGCUACUCCUUCCAGACACCUGAGAAGCUCUACUUCGUGCUCGACUAUGUCAACGGGGGAGAGCUCUUCUUCCACCUGCAGCGGGAGCGCCGGUUCCUGGAGCCCCGGGCCAGGUUCUACGCUGCCGAGGUGGCCAGCGCCAUUGGCUACCUGCACUCCCUCAACAUCAUUUACAGGGACCUGAAACCAGAGAACAUUCUCUUGGACUGCCAGGGACACGUGGUGCUGACGGAUUUUGGCCUCUGCAAGGAAGGUGUAGAGCCUGAAGAGACCACAUCCACGUUCUGUGGUACCCCCGAGUACUUGGCACCUGAAGUGCUUCGGAAAGAGCCUUGUGAUCGGGCGGUAGACUGGUGGUGCUUGGGGGCAGUCCUCUACGAGAUGCUGCACGGCCUGCCGCCCUUCUACAGCCAAGACGUGUCCCAGAUGUAUGAGAACAUUCUGCACCAGCCGCUACAGAUCCCUGGGGGCCGGACGGUGGCCGCCUGUGACCUCCUGCAAAGCCUUCUCCACAAGGACCAGAGGCAGCGGCUGGGCUCCAAAGCAGACUUUCUGGAGAUUAAGAACCAUGUAUUCUUCAGCCCUAUAAACUGGGAUGACCUGUACCACAAGAGGCUAACUCCACCCUUCAACCCAAAUGUGGCAGGACCUGCUGACUUGAAGCAUUUUGACCCAGAGUUCACCCAGGAAGCUGUGUCCAAGUCCAUUGGCUGUACCCCUGACACUGUGGCCAGCAGCUCUGGGGCCUCAAGUGCAUUCCUGGGAUUUUCUUAUGCGCCAGAGGAUGAUGACAUCUUGGAUUGCUAGAAGGGAAGCACCUGUGAAACUACUGAGGGCGGCUGGUAUUAGUAAGGAAUUACCUUCAGCUGCUAGGAAGAGCGACUCAAAGUAACAAUGGCUUAAAUGAGAAGCAGGUUUAUUUUUUCCACCACAUAAAAGAAAAAUAAUGUUAUGGAGUCCAGUGCUGGCAGGACAGGUCAUCAGCUACUCAGAGGCUGUAUUUCUGCCCUGCCAACCUUGACAAAUGGCUUCCAAUGUUAGGUUUGCUACAAGAUGGUUACUGGAGCUCUAGCUGCCAAUUUUGUGUUUGGGGAAGGGAAAACAGAGGAAAGGGGGAGAAGAGCAAAGGGCGCUUCUGAAGAGCUUUCCCAAAAGCUCUACCCAAUGCCUUCUGCUUCCAUCUCACUAACCACCCACCCCUACCUGGAAUGGAGGCUGGGAGAUGUGGCUUAUUUGCUGGGUACGUGACUAUCCCUCAUAACAAAGGGGUUCUGACACUAAGGGAGGAGGGGAGAAUGUUGGGUAGGCAGCCAGUACUCUUUACCAGGGGGCUUCCUGGUGUUUGGAGUUUGAUCUCAAUGUGUAAAAUGACAGAGAUGUAACAAGCUCGUCGGGUAUCAAUAUCUCUUAUUGUUCUAUGUUGAUGAUAUCUCUUUGUUGUGGAUAAUAUUGAACAUGUGUUAUUG